UGCUUCCGGCUGGAGCGCGGGAAGAUCCGAUACAGCGGGAAACAUGGACGUCGAGAUGAAAGAAGCUGAUGAACAAACUCAGGAUGAAGCGCAGAAUAAAAAGGAAGACGUGGCUGCGAAAGCAUUAACAAGCACUUACGAACUGCCAUGGGUAGAAAAAUACAGACCUCUGAAGCUAAAUGAAAUAGUUGGAAAUGAAGAAACUGUCAGCAGACUGGAGGUGUUUGCCAGAGAGGGAAAUGUACCCAACAUCAUCAUUGCUGGCCCUCCUGGUACUGGAAAAACAACAAGCAUUUUAUGUUUGGCCAGGGCUCUUCUCGGCCCAGCAAUGAAAGAUGCUGUUCUUGAACUGAAUGCCUCGAAUGAUCGAGGUAUUGAUGUUGUCAGAAACAAGAUUAAGAUGUUUGCCCAGCAAAAAGUUACUCUUCCUAAAGGACGUCACAAAAUCAUUAUUCUGGAUGAAGCAGACAGCAUGACAGAUGGAGCUCAGCAGGCUUUAAGGAGAACAAUGGAGAUCUACUCCAAGACUACACGAUUUGCUUUAGCCUGCAAUGCUUCAGACAAGAUUAUUGAGCCCAUUCAGUCUCGCUGUGCAGUGCUGCGCUACAGUAAACUCAGGGAUGAACAGAUCAUGAUGCGGCUGAUGGAGGUGGUGGAGAAAGAGAACCUGCACACCACCAACGAUGGGCUGGAGGCUAUUAUCUUUACAGCCCAAGGAGAUAUGAGACAGGCACUAAACAACUUACAGUCUACACAUUCUGGAUUUGGUUUUAUCAACAGUGAAAAUGUGUUUAAGGUGUGUGAUGAGCCACACCCUCUCCUGGUUAAAAACAUGCUUGAACACUGUGUCAGCGCCAACAUCGAUGAGGCCUACAAGAUUAUCUCCCAGCUGUGGUCACUGGGUUACUCUCCAGAAGAUAUAAUUGGAAACAUCUUCAGAGUGUGUAAAACCUUCCAAAUGCCAGAGUACCUGAAACUGGAGUACAUCAAGGAGAUCGGUUACACACAUAUGAAGAUAGCAGAAGGAGUAAACUCUCUUCUCCAACUGGCUGGAUUGUUAGGACGACUCUGCAGUAAGACUGCUGCACCUGAUGCCAGCUAAAUCCCAGUGUUUUACAUUCUACAUCAUUAAGGUCUUCUUAGUCUUACUGUGCUUAAAAUGUAAUGUUGGUUAAGUGUUUAUCAAUACGUUUACCUGUAAAUACUUCAAUAAAUAUAAUUUGUUACUUGUCAA